CAAUCCCGAUUAACGUACUGAAGCGGAAGCAUAACAAAUAGCAGGGAACGAAAGCUCGGAACGCGUCCUAUAGACACGCUGACCUAGUGCUGAGGGCGAUACCAAUCGAUGCGUGUCAGGUGGCGUGUGAAUCCACAAGUUACGUUAACGCGCCACAGCCGCGAUACACAAACAACGCGGCUCGGAGGUCGCCAGUCGGGCCGCGCAAGGGAACCAGCGCGCAUGCCCGCCCCGCGCUCUCUCGCGUCUGCGCACUACACCGCAUACCUAUCAACCUUAUCAAUGUUCGUCGCCCCGUACCUCUCGACGGUCUAACACAUCGGAAUCCCUAAACAUCAUCAAUGUCAUAAUUAGAUUAGAAACGUAACAUGUUCUGCCGCAAUUCUAGUCAGUGAACUCAAUAACGCAGUGGUUCUGAUGUGCAAGUGUGUCGGCGCCUUCGUGUUACUUCUGCUGGUUUUGUUCCUGGACUCCAGGGACUGCUCGGCUAGUGCACAAUAUGAUGCCGCUGGCAAAAUAUCGCUCAACUCGGUCCAAGCAUGGGCGGUUAAGCUUGGUACUGAGCUGUAUCAUUUCGGAGAGUUUAUCACCAGGAAGAAAGAAGUUCAGGAUAGUUUUAAAUCCGCUCAAGUGGAAUCAAGAGAUGGUGAAAAACUAGUUCAGAGCAUGUCAGACGAUAUACGCGCUAUGAUGGAACUGAAGAUCAGCGCCGUCAAAAGGAUAGUGGAAGCUGCUGAAAACAUGGCGUUCGAUAAACAAAAUGAGCCAGUUCCUGAAGACUUUCAGUUCUACAAUAGUAAAGAAAUGGAGGAACCAUGGGACGAGGUGUCAAUCACAACAACGCCUGAAACAGACUUUGGUCAGGAAAGUUGGAUAGUACGACCGCCGUCAAAGAAUGCGCACACGCAACAAAACCCACACUUCUCAAACAUUCCAGUAAAUACUAAUUUUAGCAGUGUACAUGUUCCAACAAAUGUUUAUGCUUGGGCACCUGAAGUUAUCAAGGGAAUCCACUGGUCGGAGGGACUGGACACUCACUUCAUUAACAACUACCAGAGCGACCCGACGUUGUCAUGGCAAUACUUCGGCAGUUCUACUGGCUUCAUGAGACAUUAUCCCGCAUUGAAAUGGAGGGCUGACCCCGUGGAUAUCUACGAUUGUCGAACGCGAGCGUGGUACAUGGAAGCGGCAGCAAGUCCAAAGGAUGUAAUCAUUUUAGUUGACCGAAGCGGGUCAAUGACCGGGCAAAGGCGGGAUAUCGCUAAACACGUCGUUACCAACAUACUUGACACGCUCGGCAACAAUGAUUUUGUCAACGUUCUAACUUUUGCUGACACCGUGGAAGAAAUCGUACCGUGUUUUGAAGAUUCUCUAGUGCAGGCCACUCUGGGAAAUAUACGGGAACUAAAGUUGGCGAUGGAUAGUUUUGAAACACAGGAGAUAGCAAACUUUUCAGCUGCAUUGACGAGAGCGUUCGAGCUACUGGAGAUAUAUAGAAAUAACAGUGGAGGCGCAAACUGCAACCAGGCAAUAAUGCUGGUAACAGACGGCGUACCGUACAAUUACAAGGAAAUAUUUGAGAAGUACAACUGGAAGUAUGAGACCCCAGUGAGAGUGUUUACGUACCUGAUAGGGCGUGAGGUAAAGGUCGCAGACGUAAGAGAGGUGAAGUGGAUGGCGUGCGCAAAUCGCGGGUUCUACGUGCAUCUGAGUACUCUAGCGGAGGUGCGCGAGCGCGUUCUAGAACAUGUGAAUGUGCUCGCGCGCCCGCUCGUGCUGCAGAGAGAAAAGCAUCCUGUUGUUUGGACACCCGUCUAUGCUAACGUCACUGAUCCGAAGGUAGCAGAUUAUCUAUGGGAGCAACGCGAGCGAGCGGAGCAGAAAGAACGCUUCAUGAGCCAGCGGAGGGACAAAAAUCUCUUCAAUUCGGACAAAGAACAGGAUAGACGAUGGAGAAUUACUCAGAUGAAACAGGGCCAGUACAGUGAGCUCGGAAAUUCCCAGUAUCAGUUAAUGACAUCGGUGUCCAUGCCGGUGUACGACCUCCGACACAACGAGAACAUCACAGAGAAUGUACUGAUAAAUGAAGCUUACUGGGUAUCGGUUACGAAAGAGUCCGUAGAGGAGAACGGCCAGAAAGAGAUGCGUAUAGCUAGACUGUUGGGAAUCGCUGGCACUGACGUACCUCUUUCUGAAAUACAAGCUCUCAUGACACCUUAUAAGAUCGGUGUGAAUGGCUACGCGUUUAUAGUUACAAACAAUGGAUACAUCUUGAUACACCCGGAUCUGAGGCCUGUGUUCCAACAAAUCUUGAAGCCAAGCUACAACAGCGUCGAUAUGAUAGAAGUUGAACUUUUUGACGAUGACAGAGGCCCCAGGAACUUCAGCAAAGAACUAACAGCACUACGAAAAGAAAUUAUCGAUCAGAAAACAGGCAACAAAGUGAUGAGUGUCAAGUACCAUUUGGACGAUAUGAAAAGAGUAUCCCGAGCAAAAAGGCAUUACUUCUGGACUGGCAUAAGCGACUCCCCCUUCACGCUGGUAGUGGCAAUACCCGAGAACUAUGGACGCCACCGCAUCACACCGCCACCGACUGAUGAUAUCCAUAGACUGUCUCUGACUUCCAAGAACAUCUCGGCGCGACAGUACCUGUCGGAUAAGUGGAGCGUUCAUCCUGAUUGGAUGUACUGCCGGCAUUAUGAACGCACGUUUGCAACUGCGGAGGAAGAGCUUCUUUAUUUCUUGGAGCGCGUAGCCAAGCCUGGCUGGCGCUGGCCUGCCAAGCCUCGGCCUCCGGAGCACCACAAGAAUAAACCUGGACAUGAGCGGCAUAACAAUGGAACACCAGAAACGAGAGAAAGGAGCAAAGUAUCUAAUAGCACCCCAAGGAAUGAGUAUUAUUGCGAUCAUGGCUUGAUGCAGGCCUUGGUAUACGACGCGAGAAAUACCGCGUGGUUUAACAAGAGCAUAUCCGAUUCUGCAUCUGAUGAGAAAGCCCCAUUGACAAAAGUGAUCGGAUUGUUGCCGAGGGUGGAGUUCAUUCAACGGUUUGGGUACAUCGUGGCGUUCCUGUCUACCCACAGCGGACUAACGCGCUGGCAGACUCAUCCACCCAAAGAACAUGACAAUGACAAGCCAGACUUCGGCAAGCAAUGGCCGCGAGCGAUCGAAGAAGUUUGGUACCGACGCGCAGUCGAGCAGCACUACGUAGAUCCUCUGAGCUAUGUCUACAGUGUAGACUUGAGUACUGUGAAGUUCCCCCUCAACGUCAGCCUGGCUCUGGUCACAGCAUCACAUGCCGUCUUCCACGGAGAUGGGCAUAGGAAGGCCCCGGCGGCUGUCGUUGGCUUCCAGUUCAAACAUGAGCGGCUCAGUGAAUGGUUUGAUAAUAUUACGUCUUCGUGUGAACAUAACAAGGAGUGUACAACGUGCCAGUCAGACAACUGGGAUUGUUACUUGGUGGACAACAACGGCUGGAUAAUUGUUAGUGAAGAUUCUACACAGACUGGCCAGUUCUUCGGGAGGAUUCGACCGGACAUCAUGUCAAGAUUAGUUGAAGAUGAGGUGUACAAGGCAGUGCAUAUUGUUGAUUAUCAAGCGGUCUGCUUUAGAGAGAAGAAAACUACGAACCCAGCGACAAUGCUCUUUACCCCCCUUGAAAACUUGCGCCUCGUGAUGGCGUGGUUCCUAGCUACCACGGUUUGGUUCUACAACUCCAUAACGACAGGUUUGGCUCAAGCAUCCAGCUACUCCUUCGAUGACGAGAAUGUUACACCCACUGUUGCAUACCAGAGCUACGAAAACGAUGAAGAAACGGAUGACCCAUACAUGUCGAAACCUCCAAACAUGCGAGUAUUAGAGCGAGACUAUGAGAAGCUGGUACUCAUAAACCGAACGCGACCGACUCCUUGCGACAGAGAGAUGUACUUGUACCAGCUAGAAUAUAACAACUUAGACGAGAAGCUGAACAAACCAGUGACGGAGUGCGGCCGACCAUUCAUUGCUCAACACGUCAACUAUACAAACAUGCUAAUGAUCGUAGUAGACGCCAAUUGCCCAAAAGAUGAGGUCGCGGCCAUGUCGGUGGAUGCGACAGAAGUGAACUAUAACGAGUCACUACCAUGUCUGAAGCAUAUGCAUCCCUUGUAUAGGAAGCAGCCUACUUCGUGCAUUAGGAAUCACACUGAGGAGAGUAACAUCGACAUGUGCGGACGAGGCAGUCUACCUGGCAACAGCAAGACAUGGAUUUCGCUGAGUAUCUUUCUGAUUGUCAAAUAUCUGGCGUAAAGUGUAGGUUCAAAGCUAGGGUAGGCAAAGCAUAAAGAGGCCAGACUGUCGAUGUAGGUGCAUCGACGUCGAAGAUUUACCUGACUGGCAUUGCCAAUAACAUCAAAGGAACCCUAACUGCAAUGUCAACCAGUGUGCAAGUGCAUACCUGCUUAGGUAAUUUUUUUAAAUAGCCAAUACGACAAGUCGGAGAGUCGGGUAUUGUUUUAAAUAGGUACGAUAUUAAUAGAUUGAAUUAUACGUUUUGUUAAAAUGUGUCAUAGUUUAUCGGAAUAUUUUUUCUUAGUAAAUUCAAAGAUAUAUUGAUGGAAAUAACUCUUCAUUAUAUUACAAUUGUUUUGUUAUGAUUAUUAUGAAUUGUAUUGAUCUCUGCUUUUAGAAUAGGUAGAUAUUAAAAAAAUUACAUGUCAUUCCCACAUAUCAAAUUUUAAAUGAUACGAGUGUGCUCCCUUUGUGCCACAAUAGGAAGCAAUAUGAAAAAAUCAUAUCACAAAUUCAAUUACCCCCUUGGCAUGUGGGGUUAACUUUUUAAAAUUGUGAACAAAAUAAUAAUAAAAAAAUUAGAAUAAAAAUUAUAGCUUUUGUAAAACGUUUGGCUGCAUGAUUUUAAACUUACGUACCUAAUGUUUUAAAUUUUGCUUUAUACCUAUCUGAAUGUUUAACUAAUUAUUUCCGUCCUGCUGGUGAACAUUUUAAAGGAUCCACGUAUUAUUUUGACAAUAAUAUGCAAAAUUAAUAUAGGUACAAACAGUUUAGGACAAAUCUUCAAUAAAGUUAAUUUGUUUGCAUUGAGCCAGUACCUACCUAGGUUCACACCACUGGAUGAAAUAUUUGUAAUAUUACUAGAAUUUAGUAUUUUGAAUCUCUGUCAUUUAAGUAUAUG